AUGGACCAUGAGCGAAUGGGAGACCGGGGUAUGGGAGACCGGGGUAUGGGAGACCGGGGUAUGGGGGGCAUUCACCAUGGAUAUGAUGAGGAGGAGGACCAGCAGAACAUCUACAUCGGUGUCCCGGUGCCUCGUGGGUACAGACGAAAACGCCGGCGAAGACGUUCUGCGGGGGGCCGUGAGGCAGCAGACAAGGAGAGGGGGGACAGACACUACGACCACCACAGACACCAUGACCAUGACGACAGAGACAGAUACAGGGACCUAGAGGAGGGACUCAUAGACCCACAUGACCUCCAAGUCCCUCAAGACAUCAACCGCACAAUGUCCCCUGCAGCUGAGCGGCUGCGCUAUAUCCUGGGAGAGGACGAUGACAUGCCCACCCCCACACUGUUCACUGAGAUGGACACGCUGCAGCAGGACGGGGAUGAGCUGGAGUGGAAAGAGUCUGCUAGGUGGGUGAAGUUUGAAGAGAAGGUGGAGGAGGGAGGAGAGAGGUGGAGCAAGCCCCAUGUGUCCACCCUGUCCCUGCACAGUCUGUUUGAGCUGAGGACCUGUAUACAGACCGGCACUGUGCUGCUUGAUCUGGAGGGAUACUCACUGCCACAGAUAGUUGAUGAAAUCAUUGAACAGCAGGUAGACGAGGGCAUGCUAUCUCCUGACCUGAGAGAGAAGAUCAGCUUUGUCCUCCUGAGGAAGCACAGGCACCAGACCAAAAAGCCUAUCCACCGCUCUCUGGCUGACAUGGGCAAGGCCAGCGGUGGUGGUGCCCGUGAGUCCCGUAGUCCAGGUGCAGCAGCCGCAUUCAACCGCUCCACAGAAGACCUCCGCAUGAAAUCACAGCCAGGAGGCUAUGGUCGUCUGCGUCAUGCCCAAAGUAGGAGCAUGAAUGACAUUUCAGACACUCCGAGCACAGACCAGCUAAGGAAUAAGUUCAUGAAAAAGAUCCCUAGAGAUGCUGAGGCAUCUAAUGUUCUGGUGGGUGAAGUGGACUUCCUGGAUAAGCCCUUUGUAGCCUUUGUCCGCCUGGCCCAGGCCACCACUCUGGGAGGACUGACAGAGGUUCCUGUGCCCACCAGAUUCCUGUUUAUUCUGUUGGGGCCAACAGGAAAAGCCAAGUCCUAUAAUCAGAUCGGUCGAGCCAUAGCUACCCUAAUGGUGGAUGACCUGUUCAGUGAUGUGGCGUACAAGGCUAGAGAUCGAGAGGAUCUGAUUGCAGGUAUAGAUGAGUUCCUGGAUGAGGUGAUCGUGCUGCCGCCCGGAGAGUGGGACCCCAAAAUACGUAUCGAGCCCCCUAAAAAAGUGACCUCGGCUGACAAGAGGAAGUCAGUGUUCUCUCUGAAUGAGCUGGGUCAGCCGAAUGGUGCGGCGGGAGGAGGUGGAGGCCUCGCUGAGGAUGAGGAGAUGCCAGUGGCUCACGAACUGGGAGAGGAGCUGGCACACACUGGGAGGUUCUGUGGAGGUCUGUUUCUUGACAUCAAGAGAAAAAUACCCUGGUUGCUUAGUGACUUCUAUGAAGGCUUUCACAUCCAGUCCAUCUCUGCUGUGCUGUUCAUCUACCUGGGCUGCAUCACCAACGCCAUCACCUUCGGAGGCCUGCUGGGAGACGCCACAGACAACUACCAGGGUGUGAUGGAGAGUUUCCUGGGCACAGCGUUGUCAGGAACAGUAUUCUGUCUGUUUAGUGGUCAGCCCCUCAUCAUCCUCAGCUCUACUGGACCUAUCCUCAUCUUUGAGAAACUGCUCUUCGAAUUCAGCAAGAACAAUGGCAUAGACUACAUGGAGCUGCGUCUGUGGAUCGGGAUCCACUCCUGUUUGCAGUGCUUCCUCCUGGUCGCCACGGACGCCAGCUACAUCAUCAAGUACAUGACCCGUUUCACAGAGGAGGGCUUCUCCAGCCUCAUCUCCUUCAUCUUCAUCUCUGACGCCAUCAAGAAGAUGAUGGGCUCCUUCAAAUACUACCCCAUCAACACCGACUUCAAGCCAGACUAUGUCACCGCCUACAAGUGCGAGUGCCUGGCCCCAGACCCCAUGGCUUCAAUGAUAUUCAAUGGUUUAGUGCCAGUGCCAACUGAUAACACCUCUAGUCUCUUUGGAUUAAACAUCACAGGCCUGGACUGGAGCCAGCUCAGUAAGAAGGAGUGUGUGAAGUACGGAGGCUCUCUGGUGGGCAACACCUGUAAGUACGUCCCUGACCUGGCCCUCAUGUCCUUCAUUCUGUUCUUCGGGACCUACUCCAUGACCGUCUCCCUCAAGAAGUUCAAGUUCAGUCGCUACUUCCCCACCAAGCUGCGGAAGCUCAUCAGUGACUUCUCCAUCUUCAUGGCCAUUAUGACCUUUGUGGGUCUGGACAGGUUAAUUGGGCUCAAAACCCCCAAGCUCAUCGUUCCCACAGAAUUUAAGCCCACACGUCCCGACCGGGGUUGGAUAGUGCUGCCGUUUGGGAAGAACCCAUGGUGGGUGUAUUUGGCCAGCUUCGUCCCUGCUCUCCUGGUCACCAUCCUCAUCUUCAUGGACCAGCAGAUCAGUGCUGUCAUUGUCAACCGGAAGGAGAACAAGCUGAGGAAAGGGUGUGGCUACCACCUGGACCUGUUCUGGGUGGGGGUGUUGAUGGCUGCCUGCUCCUUCUUGGGCCUGCCCUGGUACGUGGCAGCCACUGUCAUCUCCAUCGCCCACAUUGAUUCACUAAAGAUGGAGAGUGAGUCCAGCGCCCCUGGGGAGCAGCCUCAGUUCCUGGGUGUCAGGGAGCAGAGACUGACAGGGAUUCUGGUGUUUGUUCUGACUGGAGUCUCCAUCUUCUUGGCUCCCAUUCUACAGUUCAUACCCAUGCCAGUGCUCUAUGGUGUGUUUCUCUAUAUGGGCGUGGCAUCUCUCAGUGGCAUUCAGUUCUGGGAGAGGAUCAAGUUGUACAUGAUGCCUUCCAAGUACCAGCCAGACUUCCCUUUCCUGCGUCACGUGCCUCUGAGGAGGGUCCACCUCUUCACCCUGGUCCAGAUCAUCUGCCUGGCUGUCCUCUGGGUGCUCAAGUCCACCGUCCUGGCCAUCCUCUUCCCUGUCAUGAUCCUGGGGUUGCUGGUGGUGCGUAAGAUGCUGGACAUGGUGUUCUCUCAACACGACCUGGCCUGGAUAGAUGAUAUCCUGCCUGGGAAAGACAAGAAAAAGGAGAAGAAGAAGAAGAAGGGUGAUAAAGAUGACACGAAGAAGAAAGACAUGAAGAAAGGGAGAUCAGACGACAGCGAAGACGAGGAGAAGUACCACGCGUACUCCAACUGCUCGCCCAGCUCUGAGUCUGACGUGGACCGCAGGUACUGUGUGCUCAAACUACACGUCCCCUACAGUGACCUCCUUCAGCCCGUUGAUGCCCAGUCACACAUCACCCUGCAUCUGAAGAUCUCCUGCCCCUCGUCCCCGGCGGUGCCUAUGGCCCACGGCCGUGGCAUGGCCUUCCCCGUGCCCCAGGUGAAGAUCGAGAUGGAGUCGGACUACGACACAGACACUGACCACCCCCGCCACAGGGACAUGAGCAGCGAAACAACGCUGUAG